UACUGUAUUAUAUUACUGUAUUCUAAUGUAUCUACGUAGCUACAGUCCUUCAAACCUAUUUCUUGUUGGUAUUAUGCCUACUGAACGAUUAUAACUGCUCAGCAUAAAAAUGAACAUUUUAUUGUCAAUCCCAUCACGAUGAAAGGCAUUGAUUAUGUGCAGUUAUGGCUGUUUGACAUCACUAUUUAGUCAUCCCAACUACUUUGAUGCAAAUUAUGAAGGUGAUUAAGAUGGUUACAUGCAUACCUUCUCAUUCCUAUUGGCUGAAUGCAAAGAUGUGACCCCUAUGACAGAGGGAGGAGCAUGAUGAUGUAGGCAGGCUGUGGGUAGCAGAUGAUUUUCAGCUGAACUCCCAUUUUUCUACACUGGCCAGCAUCCACAAAAUCUACCACACCCUGCACAGGCUGAACCUGACGGAGGACGUUGGACAGGACGGUCACUCCACAGCCUGCCGCUCCAGAGCCAUGCCUCCGAGGAAAAAGAGGAGACCCACUACUGGAGAUGAUCUGUCAGCUAAGAAGAGUCGCCAGGACAGUGUUUUUAGAAAACAUGAGGCACCACAAAUCCGAGAGGAAGAGACCUUCUCCAGUAAAAGAUGUCUGGAGUGGUUCUAUGAGUACGCAGGUGAGACUCAAGGCUGUGAUGAUGUCGUGGGGCCAGAGGGAAUGGAGAAGUUCUGUGAAGAUAUUGGAGUGGAACCAGAGAAUGUGGUGAUGCUGGUUUUGGCCUGGAAGCUGGAUGCCCAGAGUAUGGGCUACUUCACUCUACAGGAGUGGUUGAAAGGCAUGGGCUCCUUGCAGUGUGACUCCACAGAGAGGCUGAGGAACUCCCUGGACUACCUGAGGUCUGUCCUAAACGACACCACCAACUUUAAGCUCAUUUACAGAUACGCCUUCGAUUUUGCUCGGGAAAAGGACCAGAGGAGUUUAGACCUGAACACAGCCAAAUGCAUGCUGGGGCUUCUCCUGGGGAAGACGUGGCCACUGUUUCCUGUAUUCAAUCAGUUUUUAGAGCAAUCCAAGUAUAAGGUUAUCAACAAAGACCAGUGGUGCAACGUUCUAGAAUUCAGCAGGACAAUCAACCUAGACCUCAGUAACUAUGAUGAGGAUGGAGCCUGGCCCGUUUUGUUGGAUGAGUUUGUGGAAUGGUACAAAGAAAGAGAGAUGUCAUAGCAUCAGGUAGACUGCAACAAAACCACAUUAUAAUACAACGACGAUGACAAACGGCUAUGAGAAAACUAAAAACAAAGAAUACAAAAUGGGAGAGGUGCUUGUCAGUGAUGGCAGGUGGCGCAUCCAGGUAAUGAUAGCGAUAUGGUUUGGGGGGAGGGGGGGGGGUUAGGUGCAAGCCGCUCUGGCGAGAUUAGGAUGUAGGUCACCAUGGAGACAAAAACCCUCUCCAGGUAAUGAUCCCUACCCAUGUUACAUUGUGGGUAAUCACACGGCGAGCCCCAGUGGCGUUGCGCCCCCUCACUGUGAUGUCAUAUUGCUGCGUGUUAGGAUAUCGUGUUCUCAUGAGUGGCUAAAUGGUUUUGUGUGUGCGAGAGAUCCACUCUUGAACCCUUUGCUCCCGUUAGGAGGAAUUAAACUAAAUCCCUCCAUUUUUGAACGGUCGGUCUUAGUCUUAAAAACAAGGUCAUUUUGACCCGGUCACAUUUGAAUAUUGCAUAUCCGUGCUUUGAACUUGAUCUGUGCUUGACUCUUUAUAACCUACAGAACCCAUCGUUUCUAUCAGUUUUGUCCUGUUUGGGUUGAAUUGGAAUUCUUGAAGAAGCACACUGUCAAAUGGCUGAGUGUUACAGUAGUUGGUCUUUUAGUCAUGGUCAUUAAAGCUGUUGUUACAGGUGGAUGAUGACACCUGUACAGUUUACUGUGAUGAAGUCAUUUGUGCCAGUGCUUUUUGAGCCCCUUUUUUUCCAUCCUUAGUCUUACUGUGAUACCAGCCUGUGCUAAAGCUUUGUAGCCCCCUGUGAAGGCUUCAGAUUACCUCAUACCACAACAACUAACCAAUCAGCAGUGCUGCUUAUUAACUCUUAUUACAGUGCAGUGGUCAGUCAUUAGUGGACUGGCCAGCAUUCAUUGGUUAUGUGACCAAUCUAUGUUUCUAAGCUGUAGGUUUUUAAGAGUUUUCUGUGCCUCUUUAACAAUUUAUAGAAGUCACUUUACUUGCACCCCACACACACACACACACACACACACAGUGGUCAGGGAUACGUUCAGGAUUAAAUUAGACUGUUUGGCCUAAGUUGCAAGUUAAAAUAGAAACGUACCUCUAUUUUGUCUUCAUAUCUGGCAUAUUGCUUUGGUCUUGUCUUCUGUUAUGUCCACUUAACAUGUCCAGUUUAAUCCAUAUUACUAACGAGCCUCUCUCUCUCCCCAGUACUGAGAGUGUUAUAAUUGGAAGACUGUUUAAGGCCUUUGAGGAAUAGGUUGUGUAGGGUAGGCAGGCUGUACAUUAAGGGGAAAUCCAAUCCCAGCAUGCAUGCAUUGCCAUGUAUCAUUCAAGAGGUCUCAAAACCAUGGACACUGACGGGUUAGAUUUAGAACCCGGUGGUGAUGUAAUGGUGUUCUUUUUGCCUAGCGUAGGGCUAAUGUUCUUGUAACACAUGUCAACUUUUGUCUCUAGCUGUGAUGUGACGCUCAAUUGUCAUGAGAGUGAAACCUUGCAUGCAUGCUCUCCAUCAGAGCCAUCUGCGAAUGGAUGAGAUUUUUUGAAUACUUAUUUUAUUGUUGUUGUUUUUGUACAGGAAUUUGUGCAAGUGUUUUUGUGCUUCAUUUGAUAUCCUUGGUCAUGUUGUCUUAACGCUUUAUGAAAACCAUGUAUAUUCAGAGCUGGAACACACAUGCAACCUCAUUUGGGGAAGAGGAGUUCCAUCCUGCAUUUGCCCAACCACUCCCUUCUAACACACACACACACACACACACAGAACCACACUGUUAGUCUCUCAAACACAUUGACAUGAACUGAAAUUAACAAAAGUUCGAGAAAUUGGACACGUUUUGUGCAGUGUUGAAGGUGUGGUGUAAGAAUGGUAUCCGGUCAUAUAUCAAUCAUUUAUUGGUCAAACCCAAUGGUCUGAACUAAAGCAUGUACAGUAAAUGGUUCAAUUUCUGAAGUAAUAAGAACACAUGAUAGCUUCACCUAUCAGUGAUCCAUGAUGCUUUGACUGUCAGUAAUCAGUGUAUUUGUGUAUAUUAGGUUUUGGUAGGAGAUGGAGCUAGUUUCUAAACGGCUCACUAAUCAUUUGCACAAAGUCUAAUUCAGAUGGUAUUCUACAUUGGUAUUGCAGGAGGAAGAACAACUUUGUCCUGACUGUAUGUACAGUAUGUAUGUCUGUUUUCACUGUAACCUAUCUCUCCGUAUAAAUGGGUUUAUUAACUUA